GGGUGACACAGGCGAGGAUCACUUCACCAAAGCUGGCACCAAACCUUUGGGACUUUGCCUCCAAAACCAUGAGCCAGUGGUCCCCUGAGCAGCGCUGUCCUUAACACCCGGCUCUCCCUGCCUGCUGGCUCUCCUGGCCUGCUGACAUCAUGUUCCAGUUCCUGCUUGGAUUUACUUUUGGCAACGUCCUUGGGAUGUAUCUGGCUCAGAAUUAUCAGAUGCCAGAUGUGGCUAAAAAACUUGAAGACAUUAAAAAAGGCUGGGAAAUCAAGAAGUAACCACCUACUUCCUGAGGCUGGCUCCAGCUCUGCGUUCUGGAAACAUGGAUUCUACCCUCUUGCAAGACCUUGCAGACCACCUGAUCCCAAAGCUUUUGGAUUCAUCUCCAGCCUCUGCAGUUUUCUUCUUUUCUAGACUCUGUGUUGUCUCAGAGCAAAAGUGGGACCACAAGUUAAGAACUAUCCCUUACAUUUCCAAUGGACUCACCUCUUUCCAUUCUCUUCCUUCCAGACUGGAACUAUGGUGCUAGAUUAGUAAAACAUUGACCUUCAUUAGUA